AUGCACGGUUGGUUUGGAAUGUCUGUUACUGUUUGUGUUUGGGGUUAAGUUUGCAGUACAUGAGUAUUUUAAAAAUUAAAAAGUUGAUUAUGGUUUAAUAAAUUAAACAUCUCGUUCUUUCCAUAAACUAAUCAUGAAUGAAGAUGAAGAGGAUCCAGUUGUAUCCGAGAUGCCUGUGUUCCUUGCACAUACACUAGAAGAUCAGCUUUACUUGAUCCAGCAUCCAACCCGGCCUGCUGCCCUACCCCCGGAGAAUGACAAUAUCAUCAGGUGCUGUUUUAAGCCUGAUCAUCAAGAAUUAUUGAUGGAGCUGUCAGUCGAUACAGAAAACCCCAACUAUGACACCAGCCAUGGAGAACAGAUCGCAAUCAACGUGGAUGGCGGGAAAAAACCGACCGGAUAUUCCUUAAUGGACAAGCGGACACUGCAGUCGACGCGAGUAGUAACUGACACAAGCUCAUGCGCCUUGGCCACACUCAAGAAUAGGCAAAUGUUCAUUGUGCCUCUCAAGGGUAUUAUGAGUGUUCAGCCAACCUUUCCCCACUUGGACGUGACGGAUAAGAGAGCAAAGGAAGAGGCCAAGGAGAUGGGUGAAGACGUUUCGGGGGGAGAAGAAGAAGAAAGCGAGAAACAAGUGACAGUGAAAUUUGCGCGACAAGAGAGCGAUCGCGUGAAGAGAGCACGUGAACAGUCGUACAACUACUUGAGCAAGAGAAGUGCUGAGGAGAAGUGGUAUCAGACCAAGUACCAUCUACCUAAUUCAAGACAGUCCGAGAGGGAGAAGGCUAAGUUAACAUCGGUGGAACUGUCAGACCAGUUGGGAGCAAUGUGCCUGACGGCCCGCCAGUAUAUGGAUAACUUGGUGCCAGUACAGCAAGAUCCCACCUGGUUACUACCCAGCAUGCCCUCACAUGUCACUUCCCUGACAGCCCUGAGCAACUUGCCACUGCCUGACAUCGUGUUGGCCAUAUUGAAGGAAGUGAAAAUCAUUACAUUCGAACAGCUGGCAGGACUGCUGGCUGGGCAAGCAGACCGAGUCAAGUUGCUGCGCUGUGUGCAGCAGGUGGCAGUUCUAGUUCAGGGCAACUGGGUGGUCCGCUCUGAGUGUCUCUACAACAAGGAGUCUAUCAGUGAACAUAAUGGUGUGCCUGGAGAGAUCAUGUGUCGUGCACGUGACUACAUCCUGUACCAACUGUCCGAGGGGAAGGUGUUAGAACGCAAGCAAGUAGCUGCUACAGUGCGCCUGCCUCCUGAGGAACUCAAGACACUACUCUCGCAGGUGGCGAGGCUCAGGCGUAACAAGGGCUGGGAGCUGGUUCUUCCUCCAGACUCAGAAUUCAUAGAUAGGAAUUCAGAGGUGGUGGAAAGGCAGACACGAGCUUGGGCGAGCAAGUUCAAGCAGAUUAUGGAGGCACUGGAAGGAGAUGGCACAACCCCACAAGGUAAGGGGCGCUCCAGACGACGGGAAUCAUCCAUGAGUGGUGGCUCUGACCUCGAGAGUCCCCAAAGACUCAAGGCUCCUCCGAGACAUCGGAAGGACUCUUCGUUCAGCUCAGACACGGAGAGUGGGACGGAAUCAGGUCGAAGGAAAAGGAACAGCGAAAGUUCCGAAGGGCAUAAAGUCAAGACUGAACAACGUAAGAAACGAAAUAGCGAAAGUGGUAGCGAACCAAAACUGAAUGGGAAGUCAAAGCGGACUAAAAAUGAAAUACCUGAAGUAUUUUCGUGACGAAAAGUAACAGGUAAAUUGCAUUACCUUGUGGAUUAUAUGUGUUUAUUUGUAUACCUGCUAUGAGCUAGUGGAAACAUCUAUUGCCAAUUCAGGUGACACAAAAUGGCUGUGAGGUUGAUCUGACCGGAAAUGAAAUUUUCAAACCAGUUGGACAGCCAGAGUUUAUAAUUAAAAUGUACCAAAUGAAUUCACAUAAAAAAGGUUGGGCUUUACAUUUUACAACACAAUAUUUUUGUUUUAUGUAAUGAUCAUUUAUUUGAUCUAAAAAGGUUGCAGAUUUUAUUUUUUGUGUUGGAGUUAAAAGGUUAUAUUUUAAUAUAUAUACUGUAAUUGUUACAAUUCAAAAAUAUAACAAUGUAAAAUUGGUGUUUUUAAAUUAAGUUCCUGCUGCAAUGUAUUUAGGCAAAGCUUAAGGAUAAGAGAACUGGUUAUAUUGUUUUGCGUCAAUAUCAAAUCUAUUAACUUAUUUGGUAGAAACAACUUUGUACUAGUUAAUAUUUUGAAUAGUAAAUGCUAGUCAUCUUUUAAGUAGGAAUCUGUUGAGAUUUUGUCUGUUUUUGAUAGAUUCUUACACUAAUUAGAAGUUAAUUAAUUGAUUAAUUAAAGAUUUCACUUUGUUGAGUGAUUUAUUACAAUUUUAGCUAAAGAUAUUAAAAACACAUAUAAAUAAACAACUUAAUAUGGAAAAAUUAAGGAAAUGUACUAACAGUUGUUUUCUCUGUGAGCAAACCAGGUUUUAGUUGACCUAAACCGUUUGUGUUGUACUUCUCAAAUCAAAGAUAAAUAAAUAUGAUUUUCAAUAUUUAACAUUAAAAUAAUAAAUAUAAAAAUUGUAUUCGAAUAAUAGAAAUUAAAUUAUACUAAUUGAGAGUAGUAUGAAAUCCAUAUUUUAAAUUCUAUUAUCCAAAACAUUAAAGAUUAGUUCAUUUCAAUCACAAAAAUAAUAAAUAAAUUAUAAUGUAAAACUGUUAAUUUUAUUUAAGUUUUUAUUUGUUGAAUCAUUGUUGUUUAGAGACACUUUUAAUCAGUGUAUUUAUUUUUGUACAUAUUAUGUAUUGCAUGUUAUAGUAAGGUAAGAUUGAAUAUUUUUUGUUGAAUUUUGUAUUCAAAUUUUUCUGUUUAUAAGGAUAGCAUUCAUUUUAAUACUGAAAACAUUUUGAUUUAUUGUUAGGCUUAUUAACAGUAAAUUAAUAUUAAGUUGAACUCAUUAAAAAUAUAGUGUAUUAGUUAUUAUUAAUUUAAAAACUAGUUAAAUUUACAUAAUAUUUUUUUUAUUCAUUUAGAAUCAUUGUUCCUAAUUAGUUUCCCUUGGCUACUCGAGGUUUUUAAGCAAUUUAAGGUUAUUUGUGAAAUAUUCUUAAAGAAGUCUUUAAAAAACAUUUUUAGAAAAUGAUUAGUUUAAUAUAUUUUCAGUUUGAAAACUUUUUAGUCUUGAAACUAGAACUAUAUUUUAAUUUUGUUAGAUUAAGAUUAUUUAUUGUUAUCCAAGCUUAUUAUGUUUAAAACGGUAUGUAAAUAUAAUGUUUGUAUCUAAGUUUGUUAAACUUGCCGGGUAUAAAGUUAGUAAACAUAUGAUUGUGUGAUUGUAAGAAAAUGUAGAAAUAAAGAAAAUGAAGUGCA